AUGUUUGUCACCUGCGUCAGCGUUCACCGGUUCAUCGGGGUGUGCUACCCCAUCGCUGCUGUGCGCCUCAGGACCAGAAAGUUCGCCAUCCUUGCGUCAGGGUCCAUUUGGAUUCUAGCCAAUGCCGAGAUUUCACCGACAUUUGUGUUUGCGCACACGGGUGUGAUCAACAACAUCACUGUUUGCUUUGAAAUGACCGGCCCGACGCAAUUUGAUGUGUUCUUUCCAUAUGGGCUGUUCUUGGUUAUAGCGGGCUUUUUGAUCCCAUUCCUGGUCGUGGUCACCUGUUACUGCUCCAUGAUAAAGGUGCUGUACUGCGGGGCCGCGGACUGCAUUUCUAAUACCAGGAAACAGCGUGUGCGCAAAAAGUGCUUGUAUACCCUUUUAACUGUGUGCCUCAUGUUUGUCGUUUGUUUUGUGCCGUAUCAUAUUGUCCGCACUGUCUACAUGUUUGUCAGAGUCUACAUGCCAGGAAACUGUCAUCUGCUGAACCUGGCCAUGAUCACGUUUAAAGUCUGGAAACCGGUAGUCGUGUUAAACUGCUGCGUAAAUCCUCUCAUCUACUUCUGUAGCUCUCAUCCAAAGCGUCUGAAGUUCAGAGCCUGGCUCUGGAGGAGGAAUAAACGAGUGGAGCCCACCGUGUGUCUGGUCAGCAAGAGGUCUGAAGGGUGUAAUCCGUGA